GCGUUAACGUCUGGAAAUCCUCUGGUGUCGAUAAACUUCAUUGAAGGACUGAUGUCAGCAGGUUGCAUCUCAGAUGUAUGACCUCCCAUAGCUGCUGUUUUUUUGCAGCUUGGAAAUAUUAUUUUGAACUCCGUUGACGUUUCAUAGCCAAGAACCCACAGUAGGUUGUUCAAAAAUGAGCUUUUGCCCGCACUGAACGGUCCGAAUACGCCAAUUCUAGCCAAUUUUGGAAAGUCAUCGGGCAAUUGCUUUCCUAUAGUAUGUUUAUCGAUCCUGCUUCCUGGUGUAUAAUUCAGAAGAAAAUUCAAAAGCUGUGUGAAUUUCAACACCGCAUCAGAAGAACGGUUGCCUUCCCCUUGAUCUGGCAUAUCUCACCCGUAUACAGUAUAGAAAUUGAAUAACUAGACACACCGUUAAUUUCACUUCUUAUGGCUUCAAUAUUCAUGAAUGACAUUAAGCUAUGCUUUACUAAUUUCUACUACUGUAUUAACAGGAAGUUAUCAUGAGGCAUCCAUACCGGCGAACUUUGAACUAAUUGUUUGUAGGCUACUGUAGGCAUACGUGUGUUAUUUUUGUCUCAGGUGAAACGAAACGAAGACGGUACUACCACACAAGAUUUUAGUUUUAUAUCCUUUUGAAAUAUUGUAUACAGAAUGGCAGUGACAUGUAACACUGGUGUAGGGUUGAUUGUCAGGGAAGAGAGUAGUGCAGAGAAAACUCGAUCGUUUACUUCGUUGAUUCAAGACACGUUUCGGGAAAGGUCAUGGGUUGUGAAAGACCCAGAAGAUGUGUUUAAAGUAAACUGUGAUGUUGCUAUUUUUUGUGUCGACAAAAACCAAACUAACAUGUUAAGAGGAACGGGUGUUUCUUCAGUUCCGGAAUACAUUAAACAGUUAAACAAGAAAAUCG